UGAGUCAUAUCUUGAUCUCCUAGCUCUGAGGGAAUUAUACAUCCUACUCCUGAACAGUUGUUUGCGAGACGCACCUUCAGAACUUAUCAGUAGAUUUCGGCUACCUUGUGAUUUCUAUAUGGAUUUAGCAUGAUAGAGAUUGUGAGAUAAGGCUGUUUGAGUGAGUUUUCUACUUGAACAUUUGAGUGUUUUAGUUUGGCUUUUAUUGUCAAAGCAGCUGGAUGAAAGGGCACAGAUUUUAUUGAAGAAUUUGCUCGAUGAGGCUACUGCUGAAGUUCUUGAGUUUCUCCCAAAGAACAUGGCAACAGACUCCGGCAUUUUUUACAAAUUUCUACACAAAGAUGAUAAACAGUCUAAGCCACUGGACGAAAAAGUUGUAGAAUGGAUGAAACACAUCCCAAAGAGGGCCAGAGGUUCAGCUUCAAAUGCUACGACUGACUUAAUAUUACAGGGCAUCAGUUCAGCACUCAGAAGAAUUGAACACCACAUUCUAUCACUGCAACGAUAUACAAGUCAAAGUAAAAGAAGCCAUAUCAGUUACUGUGGGCGGUCUGUUCUUGAAGGGAAUGAGACAUUAAACCGCCAGAAAGUUCAGUCAAGGACAGAUCACUCAACUAUAAGCGCCAGACAGAUAAAAGGUCAUCUUGUUGGUGGACAGAAUGUUAAGGCGGUAGUGACACCCCAUUGCUCUGAGUUCGUUCAUGGAUUCAGAUUGCCUCUGAGUCAAGGCAAUGAAGAGGGCAGGAAACCACUUGCCGUUGAAACUCACCUAUCCAAACAACACAAAUUUGUAAACCCAAUGACUCUGAUAGAUAAAUCUGGAGGUUCAGUAGGAUCUAAGGCAACAAUCAUGCCCAGAAAAAAACCAAGUCAAAGUCGUGUAAAGAGGAGCCAAAAUUCAUAUGGUCCUCAUAUGGUAAUGAAGCCAACUUUGUUGGACCAUCCCUCCAGGGAAGUAAGAAAGGAGAGAACCCAUAACAAGACCCAUUUGGCCACUCAGCAAGAAUCAGAAUUCACAGAUUCAGCGUCUUCUUCAAGUUGGACAACUCAACAGACCAGUGAAAGUGAAACCCUUGAUGACUUUUCUUCCCCAAGCCACCAAGAUGAACCGCCAGCAAAUAGUUCAGAGGCAAGUAGUAGCAGAUACAGCCAUGGGAAAAAAGAGUCCAAGAGAGCAAUAGGACGGUUCAAGAGACUCAAAAACAAACUAGGCAUUAUCUUCGACCACCACCAUUAUCACCACCACCACCAUAACAGCCAUAGCUUCAUGUGGAAUCGGGUAAGAAAAAUCUUCCAUCCAACAAAUAACAAAAAACUAACUAGUACGGAAGAUAGAUAUGAGAAGGUAGUAGAGAAUACAGCAAUCAGAAGCGAGUGUCGCACGAAUCAAGUUGGGAAGUUUCAGGCGCUUGCUAAAGAGCUUCGAAGCCAUGUACGGAGAUCGAAAGCUCUGAAAAAGAAAGAUCCAUUGGAGAUGAAAUGUGGGAAGAAGGGUGUAAAGAAAUUGCAUUGGUGGAAGCUGCUUCGUAAUCAACAUGGAAUAGGGUUCCACAAUAAAAGGCGUAUUAGAAGAAUUAAGGUACGUAAAUAGAAAAUCUCAGCUACAACUGGUUUACGGUUAUUGAUUAUAUUCCAAUUUUUAAAAUCAAAGUUUCUUCUUCAGAACAUAAUGUUUGGAAAUCAAAGUUUGUUCUUCAGAACAUAGUACUGAUUUGAAAUUGUUUUUAAUACUCUUAUUUCAUGUUCUAAGAUAUAUUAAUUUUGUUGUUCAAUUUAUUUUAAAUAACAUCUUUGGUCCUCCAAUUGAUUACUGAACUCCAUCAUGCCUGAUAACAAAAAUCCAAAAUCCUUUACAGUAGACCGACAGAGAUCUUCCCUAUCACCUCUUUGUCGAUUUAGGAAAUAUAAUCGACUCCAAUUUCAUCAGAAAAUGUCAAAACACUUUUAAAAAGACUGACUUGAGGCUUUUUUUAUAAAGAUAAAAAAACCCAGAUGGAAAUAUGUAUCAUCAUCAGAAAGGAAAUUUUGUUCUCAUCCACAGCAUGGCUUUACUGUGUAGGAAGGUGUCCUAAGAUUAUUCCUCAUUUCAUCACUUGAUGAACAUUAAAGACUUGAAAGUACAAUGAAAAUCAACAAUUCAGACAAACAAAAGAAACAAAACUCGAUUUGGAAGAGUUUUGAAAAGUUGGAAAAGAGAAUGGAAUACUCAGAAGGCAAUGGAGAUUAUUAGGUUCGAUUCUGCCAGCAGAUUCUCCUCAAUGGAUAUCAGAAGAGGGAGCUUCUUUAUCCUCAUUGUAACCUUCCCUUUCCCAAAAGAAACACAACAACAAACAAAACCAGCCUCAUUUCUUUCAAACAGAGAGAAUGAAAACAUAAAAAACAGAGGAGAUGGCUCAGUUUCGAAAGUAAUCGACACGCAAGUUUCGAAAAGAAACCUGCAUUCCGGUCUGUUGAGCUUGAUCUUUUAGGAAAUCAUCA